AUGAAAAUUAGAAAAUUUGAGCUAAAUUUUACAAGAUCCAAGAUGAAAAUGUCGAUUCAGUUGAAAACCCCAAGAAAAGAGCCCUAAUAAAAGAUAUAGUUAAUAAGAAUUAAUGGCUUCUUUAUUUUCAGCUAAAAGACAAAAGAUGAUGCUUCACCUACUCAAAUGACUAUUAUCAAAAAUGAUAUUCUACAUCAAGAUUUGCAAAAUAAUAACACUCCAAUACACAAGUAAUUUAAGAGUGACCUUAACGUCCUAGUUUCCAAACUUUGCUUCAUAUAUUCCAAUUGGAAUAGAGCACUAAAACUCCAUCUGCAGUUAGUUAGGUAUGCAUGCUCAAAUUCUCUAAAUUUGUUGGCAAUAAAUGAAUCCUAGUAAGUAUAAAGGACACUUAGAUCUAAACUCCCCCUAAAUACAAUAAAUUUAGAUCUCUUUCUUCAUUUUAAGAUUAGAAUUGAUAAUUUAUUUAUGAAAUUAUUAAUAUUUUUUGUACUCAUUUUCCUUUUUAUAAAUAUUUAUUUUGUUUUAUUAUAAAUUUCUCUUUAUAAAAUGUUUGCCUCUAAAUAUCAUUUUAUUUAUUUUUAAAAAAAUUAUUAUUCCAAACAAAAAUGUUAUUUUAUUAUUAAGCUUUUAGAAAAUUGA